UUGUUAUUGUCAAGAGAGAUAAAAUCAUGUAACAAAUAACAAUAAUACAUGGAAUGAUCUAUUGUUUAUUCAAUAUGACCUAAAAUAUAAUACUUUCUAUUAAAAAUUGACGAAUAUUUAUUAUUUAGUGAACUUAAUUUCGAUUAUCAGAGAGCUGAUGAUUUGUGAUUGAUAAAUCAUUAACUUUUUUUUUUGUUAAACAAGUUUUGUUGUGGUACAUUUUAGAUGUUUUUAUUGACAUUUAUUUUGAUGGAGCAUAAUUGACAGUUCAUCUGUCAAAGUAGUUUGUUUAUUUAAAUAUAUUAAAGAUUGACAAUGUCACAGCCAACAACAAGUGGAACAUCAUCAAGAAAAGUUCCAAAAGAUCAGGAUACAUCAAGAAAACAUUCAACAAAAGAACAUGAUGUUACAGCUAAACCAAGAUCACCACAUUAUGGUGACAGUGAAUGGGAAACAAAUGAGGCAAUUAGACAACGAGAACUGGAAGAAGUACGUGCACGUGCAGCACAAAUGGAAAAAACAAUGCGUUGGUGGUCUGAUUGUACAGCAAAUUGGCGUGAAAAAUGGAGUAAAGUAAGAAAUGAACGUAAUAAAGCACGUGAAGAAUCAAAAUUAUUACGUACAAAAUUAGAAAUAGCAAUAAAUGAUGCUAAAAGUUAUAAACAUGAAUCACAAGAGCUUGAAAUACAAAAUGAACAAUUAAGAAAAGAAAUGGAAAAAAUACAUAUGGUAUUAUUAAAACAUGCUGGACAAUUUGAUCAUAAAAUUGUUAAUUUACUUGAUACUGAUUCACAAAUACGUAAUUCAUUAAAUAUUGAUAAUCUUCUUGAUUUAUAUAAUAAUGUUGAUGAAAAAUCACCAACUGAAAAAUUAACAUCACCUAAAUUAUUAAAAAAUGAUAUAACUGAUGAUCAUGAUGUCGAGGAAUAUGUAUUACAAGGUGCUGUACCAAAACAUGCUGUUGAACUUUAUAAAGAUGGUGGUAAUAUGGGAAGUCUUGAAAGGGAUAUAACAAAAUUAUUAAAAAAAAGUGGUAGUAUUGAAAGACAAGACAGUAUUAAAUCACCAACAAGUGAUAAACAUUUAACAGCAACAAAUGAUGAUAGUUUAAAAAUACAUAUGGCAAUGUUAAAUUUAGAAUUAGAAGAAACAACAAAAGCAAUAAGUGCUGAAAGAGAUGAAAAUACAUCAUUACAUCGUGCUAUGGAAAAAUUAAAAGCUGAAGUUAUACAAUUACGUUUAAAAUGUAAUGAAUUAAAUGAUAAUAAAUGUGAUCUGUUACGUGAAUUAACAGAGUUAAAAGAACGUUAUCAAGUUGAUGUAUUAACAGCACAAGCUGAUUUACUUGAUGAAACAUCAACAAGAGAAAAUAUGGAUCAACGAAUGAAUGAAUUAAGAUGUGAAUUAGAAAGAUUACAAGAUGAAAAUGCUGCUGAAUGGGGUAAACGUGAAAGACUUGAGACAGAUAAAAUAACACUUGAAAGAGAAAAUAAACAAUUAAAAAAUGAAUUACGUGAAUUACAAGAAAAAAUUGAUACAAGACGUUCAAGACCAAAUUCAACAAUGGAUGGUGAUUGUCGUCAGCUACAACAGGAUAUAUUAGAUUUAAAACAUGCUAAUUCAAAGUUAAAAAAAUUACUUGCUGAAAAAACAACUGAGUUAACACAUGCAUUAAGAAGAUCCGAGCAAUAUGAAAGUGAAGUUAAAAGAAUAAGAGUUAGAGUUGAUGAAUUAAAGAGAGAACUUGCUAAUGCCCAGGAUGAAGUUGAUGCAGCUGAUAAUGUUGUCAGAAGAUUACAAAGACAAAAUGAGGAUCUUAUUGAACAACUUGAAUCAGCAAAUGUUCAAAUUGAACAUUUUAAAAAUAGCAGUGAACCUUGUGCACCUGAUGUUGUAGCUGAAAUAUUUGAUGAAAAAUCAAGAGAAAAUAAUACAGAUCCAAGUCUUGAUUAUGAACAUCGAAUGGUGUAAAUUUAGCUUUAAAAAAUUAUAAAUUAUCGAGUAAUUUUAUUCCUAAAAAAACGCAACAAACCCAAGUGUCACGUAAAUGUAAUUUUUUUAUUUUUAUUAAUUUUAUUUAAACUGGUAAUAAUAUUUAAAUUUUCAUUGGUUUAAAUAAUUUUGUAUAUAAACUCAUUAAGUCAAAAUUGAUUGACAAUUAUUAAUACUCAAAUUUCUGACAAUUGCACAACAAAAAGAAAAAAAAUUGAAAAUAUAGCUCAUAAAACACAAAUGAAGAAAAAAAUAAUCACUGAGCUGUUAAAGCUCUCUAUUUUUUCCUCGUUGAUAAAAUAAAUAUAAAUAAUUCCCAAAAUAGACUGAUAUAAUUAUUUAUUUAUUAAUUAUAAAUGAUUAUUAUUAUUAUUGUUUUUUAAAUUAAAAAUUAUAAGUGCAUUAGAUUUUUGUGUGAAAAAUAAAGUAAAAAAGUAAAAAAAAA